AACUGCAUAUAUAUACACACACACAUAUAUUUACUUCUCUUUCAUGGGUAAAUCAAGCCCCCAUUCCCUGAAGUUUGAAAUAUAGUAAAACUCAGCAUAUGCCUUCUCCAUAUCUUUCAGCUGAAAAACAUCAAAAAUGAUGAAAACUGGAAGUGUUCUUAGAUAUGAACUCUCGCAAUUUCCCUCUACCAUCCUCAAGAAGAGCUCCUUUCUGUAAUUUCCUGAGAGGGGCCUGCAUGCCUCUCCUGGAAAACUCCUGGGAUAGAUCAUUUCACUAUGUCUUAAAUAGUCUUAACCGUUGUUCUAUAGUUGCUCCCUAUAACAAGCUAUAAACUGCUUCAAUCCUGAUCCUAAAUCUACCUUAGAGUCAUACAAAAUUAAGUUUACUUCUUUUACCACAUGAUAGGCCUUCAAUAUUUUUCUUUUUUAGCCUCAAACAGAUUUCUCUGUCAGAAAGAGAAGCUGAGGAGUAGGGGGUGGGGGAAUUGGAUAAAGGUGGUCAAAUGUACAGGCUUCCAGUUGUAAGAUAAAGAGUCCAGGCUUUCUUAGGCUUGGAUCCUGCGGCUCUAGCAGCUAUAAUCAUGGUGCGAAAGCUUAAAUUCCAUAAGCAGAAGCUACUGAAGCAGGUGGACUUCCUGAACUGGGAAAUCACUGACCACAAUCUGCACAAGCUGCGUGUGUUGUGGCAUUAUGUGCUGCAGUGGCAGGAGGACUACACGUGCUACCACCAGCUGAGCCGUUCUGUACAUGAGCUGGCGUGGUGCCUGUGCGACCUGCCCCAGGGCGACCUGUUUCGCAUGCGUGCCUUGACCGCACUACUGGACAAGAUAUAUGCUCUUGGUCUGGUGCCCACGCGUGGUUCACUCGAGCUCUGUGACUUCGUCAUGGCCUCGUCUUCCUGCCGCUGCCUGCCCACCGUGCUCCUUAAGCUGCACAUGGCGCAUCACCUCCAGGCCACCGUGGCCUUUGUGGAGCAGGGCCAUGUGCACGUAGUCACUGACGUGGUCACCUAAACCAGGCUUGUCACGCGCAGCAUGAAGGAUUUCGUCACCGGGGUUGACUCAUCCAGGAUCAAGUGGCUCGUGCUAGAGUACAAUGAAGAAGAGCACUAUGACUUCGAUCUGGAAGCCUAGCUGGUCUCCUCCCCCUUUCCUGCCACAGUUGCACAGGGAUUUGCAUUUUGUAGAUGGGGAAGCUGAGACCUAAUGCUGAAGGCGCUCUCUCUAAGAGUGUGUCAGCCAAUCAAUCGUUGGUUCAUAAGAACUUGGCGCCUCAGCUGCAGGCCAUGCAUAGAGCCAAAGGGUAUACCCCUGUUUUCCACAAAAUGAUAUUAGUCCAUGGACUAUUGAUAAUUAAAUGACUGUCUUGAGACAAUGGGAAGUGGUUUUGUGCUGAGCUGGGAAAUUGUUAGAUCUUGUGCCAGAAACAUUGUAGUGUGAAAGAACUUUGCCCCCACUUCUCUU